AUGGACUUCUUAUUUUGGGGAUCCUAUGUCGGACACCCAAAAAUAUAUUAUUUCUACUCUAUUUCUUUCUGUCGGCUGCUCUCAAUUUUUUUUUUUUUUGAUCCCGUCUUUCUGUAUUUCUUUCUUUUUUCUUCCUUUUUUCUUUCUUUAAUUCUUUUUUUCUUUCUUUUCUCUUUAUUUCUUUCCUUCUUUCUUUCUUUUUUCUUUCUUUCUUUCUUUUCUCUUUAUUUCCUUCUUUCUUUUCUAUUUCUUGUUUCUCUUUUUCUUUCAUCUUUCUUUCUCUCUUUCCUCUUUCUUUCUCUCUUUCCUCUUUCUUUCUCUUUCCUCUUUCUUUGUUUUUUCUUUCUUUCUUUCCUUUUCUUUCUCUCAUUCUUUUCUAUUUCUUUCUUUCAUUCUUUUCUAUUUCUUUAUUUUCUAUUUCUUUCUUUUCUAUUUCUUUCUUUCUUUCAUUCUUUUCUAUUUCUUUCUUUCGUUCAUUUUUCUUUCUUUCUUUCGUUCAUUUUUCUUUCUUUCAUUCUUUUCUCUUUCUUUCUUUCAUUCUUUUCUUUCUUUUCAUUCUUUCUUUUUCUUUCUUUUCUUUCAUUUUUCUUUUCUUUUUUCUUUUUUUUUUUUUUUUUUUUUCUUUCUUUUCAUUCUUUUCUUUUCUUCUUUUCAUUUCUUUUUUCUAUUUCUUUCUUUCUUUCAUUCUUUUCUAUUUCUUUCUUUCGUUCAUUUUUCUUUCUUUCAUUCUUUUCUCUUUCUUUCUUUCAUUCUUUUCUCUUUCUUUCUUUCAUUCUUUUCUCUUUCUUUCUUUCAUUCUUUUCUCUUUCUUUCUUUCAUUCUUUUCUCUUUCUUUCUUUCAUUCUUUUCUCUUUCUUUCUUUCAUUCUUUUCUCUUUCUUUCUUCCAUUCUUUUCUCUUUCUUUUUUUUUUCUUUCUUUCUUUCUAUCAUUCUUUUCUAUUUCUUUCGUUCUUCCUUUUCUCCUUCUUUCUUUCUUCCAUUCUUUUCUAUUUCUUUCUUUCAUUCUUUUCUAUAUUUUUCUUUCUUAUUUUCUUUUCUCCUUCUUUUCUCUUUCUUUCUUUCUUUCAUUCGUUUCUAUUUCUUUCUUUCUUUUCUAUUUCUUCCUUUAUAUCUCACCACCAUAUCUAUCUAUCUAUCUAUCUAUCUAUCUAUCUAUCUCAUUGUCAUUAG